GUUCUAUAUCGCAGAAAAAAUUGUAUAGAAAUAGAAUAAAAAAAUCUUAAUUAUAUUUUUAGCUUUACCUGGCCCCCCUUGAAACAAAUUCCUGGUUCUGCUACUGGCCCUCAGUGGUGAGGAAUUGUUCAAAUCCCUUUUAGAGACAUCUGUUAUUGUCUCCCCCACCAUCGCCCUCUAGGCCACCGUUGAGGGUUCCUUGGCUGGUCUCGGAACAAAUGAAACCUUUGCCAACGAGUUUGCCAGGCUCCCGCCGGUGGAGGGGCCUAGAGCACCAACCUCUCUAAUUCUCCACAUUGGUUGGGUCCUUGGCCUCCAUCCGUUUCCCUCCAUCUCUUCGGGUAUGAAAAUAAAACUAUGCCUGUUGCCAACCCCAUAUACCACUACCGCCAAGUAAUGACCAUGAGCAUUUGAACAUCGCUGUGCUAUGAAGCUGCAAUUUCCUUCCCUUGCCGUGGUGUAGAAGUGCCUUUUUUUUCACCUUUAGAAAGCCCUCUAGUGAUUUAGCAAAUCACUGCAUUGUGGACAACCCCAUCCUCAGCUCAUUCACCACCUUCCAGCUUCUCUUGAUUACUAGCAAGAGGCUGCCAUCCUUUGCUAAUGAAAAACUUUUGAUUCUAUCACUAAAUGUUUUUAUAACCCGAUUCUAUCAGUCACUAGACUCACCCUAACAAACACAACACUCAACCGUAACCUCGCCAUUAAAAACCACCAAGCAUCAUCGGAGAAAAUAUUUUCCUCAUCUGAGUUAUGGAUGUACGGAGAGAAUAUAAUAGACACACACACACACAGACUGCCUCUUUUCUUAUUUUGAAUAUAUUCUUUGACUUAAUCCUUUUUUCCGUGACAUCAAGAAGUCAAUAACCAUAUCAUCAUUAGCCAGAGGUGCAUUGGGAGAUCGUCGAGGAUCACUUGAGUUGUGGAAUAUUCUAUAUGAAUUUACAUUCUACUGGGGGCAAUGGCAUCCAAGAAUGAUGGGUUUUCUCUGUCUUCUGGAGAUUUUCCUACACUGGGUUCAGAGAAAGAUAAUUCUGGCAGGAACAUUGACUCACAAGACCACAGUUCUCAUGGCCGACCUGUCUCAUCUUCUGGUGGAGUAGCAUUGCCGAAAGAGGGGAACGGGGCUUCUAUAGUUGGUGAUGUUUCUGUAGAUGCAAAUGUGAAAAGUGGUAAUGCAAAUUCUUGGAGAAGAGAUAAGUGUGAGGACGCCGUCCCGUCUGGUGUGGAGAAGUGGCAGACUGAUCCCCAACCGUACCCUAAUCCUAGUAUUCCUCAUCAUUUUGAAGCUUGGCAUGGUCCUCCAGUAACUAAUCCUCCAGGUGGUGUUUGGUUCAGAGGACCUCCAGGAGGUCAUCCAUACGGACCUCCUGUUGGUCCUGGUGCAUUUCCCAUGGAACCAUUUCCUUAUUAUCGUCCUCAAAUGCCAGCUACUACUCUUGCCAAUCCACAGCCAGGGCCCCCACCUGGUGGUGGACCAAGGGGACACCAUCCUAAUAAUGGAGAUUUGUACAGACCUCAUAUGACAGAUGCCUAUAUUCGGCCAGGUAUGCCAAUCAGGCCUGGCUUUUACCCUGGUCCAGUUGCAUACGAGGGUUAUUACGGUGGUCCGAUGGGAUACUGCAAUUCAAAUGACCGAGAUGUUCCAUUUAUGGGAAUGGCAAGUGGCCCCCCAGUUUAUAAUAGGUACUCGACCCAAAAUGCUCCUGAGCCUAGCAGUUCACAGGGAAGAUCUGGUGGAUAUGGUUCUGCUGGCAAAACAAUGGUUCCAGAACACAUGGAAUCUGGUCGUCCUCAUGAUACACGAGGACCAUACAAAGUUCUUCUGAAGCAGCAGAAUGGUUGGGAUGGGAGGAAUAAAGAGAGAAAAUGGGAGGGUACAAUUUCCACUGAUGCUGCAUAUAUUGAGAAGGCAGACCAACCAGGAAUGUCUUCAUGGGAGAAUGACUGGAGGUCAGAUUACAGAAAUGAUGUGGAAAUCAGUUUAAGACAGAUGACACCCAGUCAAGAAAUUUCUAGUCAGACUUGUGAUGACCGACGCUCUUCUGUACCUGUCAAAGUCAACUCCCCCAAAAGUGUGGGAAAUAUGAAGGUAAGUGAUGACAUUCCAGCAAGUAAUUUGGAAUGUGCAUCCUCUGGUUCACCAGAAAUUCCAGGUUCUGUUUCAGCUGUUCCAAAAGAUUCCACUCUGAUUAAGAAAAUUGAAGGACUAAAUGCAAAAGCUCGGGCUGCUGACGGACAACAUAAUAUUGCAUCUGUUUCUAGUUGGGAGGGGCAAAAGAAAAAAUUUUCGGUUCAUAAUGCCAAGGCUAGCCAUCCUGCAGAUGAAGGUGGUAGGGGUUUUGUGUAUGCUGAGAGAAUCCAUGCCACUGGAAUCACAAAUCCUGCCUCUCGUGAAACUGGUGUUUCUGUUGGAGAUAAGAGCCUUGAAUCUAUGGCUGCUGGUGGAACAACCAUCUCCAGAUCUAUCCAUGAUAUGCAAGGCAGAGGGGGUAAUCAUGGUAAGGGAGGGCACAAUGGCCUGGAGGUUGAUGGGUGGCGGAAAAAGGCUCAAGUGAUGGAGACUAGUGUUGUAUCAGCUUCACGGUCCGACACUAAUUCUACCGUUUUUGUUCAUGACCACCAUACAUCUUUUGAGGCUUCUAAAAAGUCUCUGCAGUUCCCUCGAGCAAGGGAAGAGAGAGAAUCUGCUCCUCCUGUGUUUGAUCCAAGUGAUAAUCAGGCACAGCAUACUAAGUUGAGAGAACUUGAGCAACGUGCCAAACAACUAAGGGAGGAGGAGGAGGAAGAACGGACAAGAAAGCAAAUGGCCAAGGUUCCUGUGUUUGAUCCAAGUGAUAAUCAGGCACAGCAUACUAAGUUGAGAGAGCUUGAGCAACGUGCCAAACAACUAAGGGAGGAGGAGGAAGAACGGACAAGAAAGCAAAUGGCCAAGGCUCCUGUGUUUGAUCCAAGUGAUAAUCAGGCACAGCAUACUAAGUUGAGAGAGCUUGAGCAACGUGCCAAACAACUAAGGGAGGAGGAGGAAGAACGGACAAGGAAGCAAAUGGCCAAGGCUCGUGCAAAACUGGAGGAUUUGGAUAGGCGUAAGCAAUCAAUGAAAGGGCCAACUCAGAAGUCAGAAGCUUCAAGUGAUGCCAUGCAGAGUAGCGAGGGCAGUACCAGCAGAGUUGUACAAUCCCCUGAUUUGUCCAGUGAACUACCUCCGGAGAAACCUAAGAGUGUUAACAAGGAAUUUGUAGUGCAGAAUCAAUCCGUGUCAUUUCAGCAUGGUGCUGAUAGUGCUGAUGUUACUCGUCAUAAUAAUGCUCCCCACAUUCAGGAUGGUGAUGCCCCAAGGCAGAAGCGUAAUGGCUACAGAGAAAAGCAGAGUCUGGAAAAGAACUCUAAUGUAAAGUCAAUUUCUACAAGCAAUAACGAGGCACCAAAAAACCAUACUGAUGCAUCGGGUAAGAUCACAGUGUCAGUUGGUGAAGUUGCCAUUGAAAUUGCCCCAAGCUGCCAGUCAAACUUGCCUCUGAACUCAAAUGCAGUGCCUGGGUCCUCAAGCUUUCCUAUGAAUGCAAAUGCAAUGACAGAGUCGUCUGUUUCACAGAGAAAGAAGAAUAACAAGGGUGGCAAGAACAAGCACAAAGUGGAGGUAGCAUCAUCUGUAGCUACUUCACAAUCAUUAGAAGCAAAAGAACCAAAUCUUGUGAAUGCUUCUCUUGAACUUGGCAAGCCAAUUGUUUUUCAGACUGAAUUGGAUUCUAACUCAGUUCAGUCAGUAACCAUUUCGAAGGAUGAAAAUCAGUUAUUUGAGCAUCAGUCAUCUUUACCAUCGGAAGAUUCGCAUGGUAGAGCGAAUAGCCAGUGGAAAGCUCAGCAUUCUCGUAGGAUGUCAAAAAACUCACAACUUAAUAGAUCAGCAGAGAAAUUCCAUGGGGAUGCUGUCUGGGCACCCGUAGGGUCACAAAACAAAGCUGAUGCAGAUGAAGCCAGUCAUAAAAAUGUAGUUGAAGCCAUUACUCCAUUCAUGAAGAUUGAUCAUCAAGCGCAGGGAAACCCCAAAAAUAAGAGGGCAGAAAUUGAGAGAUAUAUACCAAAGCCUGUAGCGAAGGAAAUGGCUCAGCAAGGAAGCAUUCAACAACUGGUGGCAUCUUCAGGCAAUCAGACUACAUCAGACGAGGUCAUUGAGGGAGCAGAUUCUUCUCCAGGCACCAAAAAUAGUCAACCUGCUGGCUCAGCUGUGGGAAAAGUGGGGCUUGCCUUUGAGUCCCGGAAUAGGGAUGGUAGACAGAAUAAGCAGGGAAGAGCGCAUGGGUCAUGGCGGCAACGAGGUUCAACAGAGUUGGUUGGUGUGCAGAGUUUGCAAGAUGGACCUUCAUACCCUGGUCAAAAUGUUCAAAACCCUGUCAAGGAUUACCAAACUCAGAAGCUGGAUGUAGGUUUGGUGAAAGAGCAACAAACAUAUUCUGAUGAAUGGAAUGCCCCUGAUGGUGGGAACAUUCCCGACAAUUCUGAUUCUGUUGCACACGUUGCAGUUACUGCCAUAACAGAUCAGGGAGUGACAGGCAGAGCAAAACGCCUUCCACUCAAGGGGCAUAAAGGUAUGGGGAAUAAUAAUGGUCUUGAUCAGAAGGAAUGUAGUAGUGGCGACGCGGACAAAAUUGAUACCCAAUCUUCCUCCCUUGAGAUGAGUCACAUACACUUGCCUACCACUUCGAAAGAUAAUCGAGGUACUGGGGAACGCUCAACAGCUCAUUGGCAACCCAAAUCUCAAACAUUUCCUGCUAAUAGUCAAGGAAGCAGAACCAAUAGUGUUCGAAGUGGAGGUCCUGGAGUUGUUUGGACUAACAAAAAGGAGUCUACUCCCCAGGGUGCUACUGUACCACUAACACCACUACACGACAAGAGAACUGGUGAAGGUGUGUCCCCACCUUGCCACGAUCAAUUUCCCUCUAAAAAAGUUGAUGCAGAAGAAGCAUUAGGUGCUGGAGGGCAUCGAGAGGCUAAAAGAGGGAAAAAAGUAGGUUCCCUCAAGGGACGUCCCCACUCCCCGAACCUAGUUCCUGUCAGCCCAGUUGAACAAGCUCCUGGAAGUAUGGAUGUUAGACAAGAGCAACGGUCAUCAUCUGGAUUCCGGAAGAGUGGAAACCAAAAUAAUAACCGUUUCAGCAGGUUGCAUGAAUCUCGUGGAGAUUGGAACUCAUCUGGGCAUGAUAGCAAACAUAAUAACCCAUCCUCAAACUGGGACAGACAGAGGCCCAAUUCACAUUACGAGUACCAGCCAGUUGGCCCGGACAACAAUAACAAAUCAAACAUUGCCGAGGGACCUAAAGAUGGAAUCCCUAAUACAGGUCCAAGGUUCAGGGAGAGGGGUCAGAAUCACUCGAGGCAUGGUGGGGGGAGGUUCUAUGGACGUCAAGGUGGCACUGAUAGGGUAGAUGCCGACUACGAGUAGUGGGAACAUAAAUUCUGCAGUGGUUUUUGUUUGGUGAUAAACGACUCAACUCAGCAGUGUCUGGAUCCAUGAUGUUUUCAGUCAAUUAUCAAUUCAUGGCUUGUGUACGUUGAGCAGGGCUUGGAGACAAGGUGAUGACGAUGGGGCAAAAUAUUCUUGAGAUGGUGGUACUACUCGCAUUUGGUUAAAUCUUUCUCAUACUUUUGAAAAUAUAUCUUAUCUACCCAUUGUAACUUGGUCACACGGUUGGUUUGCCGUGGAACCAUUGAUACCUUUCUUUUAAGCCCUGUAUUGUAGUGACCGUUUAUAUUGUUGAUAUGGAACGCCAUAAAGGAAUGAAGUGAGGUUUUCUGGUUC